UGAGUCUUGAGCGUGAUAGCCAUAUGUUAGCGGAAGUCUUAAGCUAGGGUUUGGACUUUUUGGAAUUUGUAGACAAAGAAUCAAAUUCCUUUCUCCCAAUUUCUAUUUAUCUUCUUCUCCUUCUCUUUAGUCUUUUACGCUGCGGCCAGAAAGCAAGAAGAAACCAUGCCGAAGAACAAGGGAAAGGGAGGAAAGAACAGGAAGAGAGGAAAGAAUGAAGCUGACGAUGAGAAGCGUGAACUUGUGUUCAAGGAAGACGGGCAAGAGUAUGCCCAAGUGCUUCGUAUGCUAGGCAAUGGCCGGUGUGAAGCCAUGUGCAUAGAUGGUACUAAGCGCCUUUGCCAUAUCCGAGGAAAGAUGCACAAGAAGGUUUGGAUUGCAGCUGGUGAUAUAAUUCUUGUUGGGCUUCGCGACUAUCAGGAUGAUAAGGCUGAUGUGAUCCUUAAGUACAUGCCCGAUGAAGCAAGGCUCUUAAAGGCAUACGGUGAGCUUCCAGAGAACACUCGUCUUAAUGAAGGUAUUGUCGAUGAGGAAGAUGAAGGAGGUGCAGAUGAUUACAUUGAGUUCGAAGACGAAGAUAUCGAUAAAAUAUAGGGUUUUGGAAUUGGUUUUGUUUGAAUGAUUUGCUUAAAUGUUGGAAGAUAGAUAUGGUGGAUGCUGUUUAGAAGGCUACAAUAUGUGUGAUUUCUCCCGUAAGGUAUUUAUAUGUGCUGAAUGUGUCAACUAUUAGAUAUAUGUUGUUACUUUUACUGAAACCUUGUUCCAUAUCUCAAAUUUACUUUUGACAGAAAUAAUGAAAGUUUAAGCUUAUUAUGGGCUGUUUGAUACAAA